AUAUUACACAAGUCAACAAGCAGGGAAAGGUCAUGUGGUCAUCCAUUCAUCACCUAUGACACAUGUUGUGUAGUAUGGAUUCCACUUCUCAUAUGAUCAUGAUGUGAUUCAAGCCAUAGAUGCAUAGUUCAUUUUUUUUUUUUUUUUUUGUGUUAAUCCACUUUGCACUUGCACUGACACUGAAAAGGUCUAUUCAGAUCAAGUUUAUAUGACCUCAUCAUUUGAGUUAGGGCUGGCCAACCUCUUCAUAGAAAGAUAUCUCAAAUCAACACUUUGACACAACUUAAAACUUUCUGACACCACUACCAAAAAGUUAGGUCCAAAACAGAACAGGUACUUGUAACCCCAUUCAAAGCAGCUAUAUGGAUUCUUCCAGGCCGAGAACAUUCAGUAAUUAUUAGCGUGACUCCAACCAACCAACUAAAGCUACAAGCUCGUAACUCUAGUCUUAAGAACAACAACUAAAUCUUCUCUGCACUUGUUAAGUGGAGAAAAAUGGAGGUCAGGGCUGCUGAAACAGCAGCAGGAGCUUUCCCUACCCAUCAGCAACUAGCAAUUUUCGUCCUCUUUAUCUUUGCUUCUCUUAUCAACCUGAUAUCAAGCUAGCUAGGCUAGGAUCUUCAGUGUUCAAUCACGGGUAAGCCGCAAAGGUGGAACCAGAUCAAGAAGAAAGAAGAAAUUAAGUUUGGCUCCAACUCUGUCGCCCCUGUUCUGCCUCUGUUUCUGGGUAUGAUAAUAAUGCAGUUUUUAUUACGGUAGCGUAUAUGUGGUGGGAAAGCAUCACAGGAUUUGGUGUUGUAAUAUCAUAAUAAUAUUAUCAAAUAUAUCAAAACCAAAACACACACACCACCAUGGCCACAUAUUCAAAGCAGCUAUAGCUUCACGGACCAUUUUAAGAGGGAGAAGACGACACCCACGAGACUAACAAGGAGAGAAACAAUUUAAUGUGCAGCCAAAAAAAAAAAAGAAAAAAAAAAGAAGAGAGCUUAUUCUGUUGCAUUGAUAUAAAGGGAGGGAAGAUAGCUCGCAUGAGAAAGAAGGAGAAGCCCAGCUCUCUCUCUGUUCUCUCCUCCUUCUCCCAAUUAAUACCCACAUUUUAUUCCUCUGUUCUUAAUAAAUUCCUCACCCUGUCUCGGCAGUUUUUUCACAACACAGGCAGGGGAAGAUGGGAAGGCCGAGUUUGAGAAGCUUCACGUCCAUGGUGUGCAUUGCUUUCCUGGUCUGGUCAUCGUCCAGCUUCGAGAGCUGCAUUGCAAGAAGCGGGAGGCGGCAUUGGAGGAGGCAUGACGGUGGCAAUGGGCUUUCAGCUUCUCUGUCAAAGAAGAAACCCAAAAGCCAUGGAAGCAGCAGCAGUCACCACCAUCACAAUGGUGGGUCGUCAAAGAAAGCUCCUUCCCCACCAGCUAAAGCGCCAAAUUCACCUGCUCCGUCGUCGUCGAAACCGCCGAAACAUGUUCCGGUAGCAUCGCCGGCGCCUCCUCCUCCUCCAACUGCUGCAACUCCGUCGCCGCUGAAAGACUCGCUUACCUUCAAUGUGCUUGAUUUCGGCGCCACGGGGGAUGGAAAGUGCGACGACACUAAGGCGUUUCAGGCAGCAUGGGCAGCUGCCUGUAAAGUGGAGAGAUCAGUGAUGCUUGUUCCUGAGAAAUAUCAAUUCCUCGUUGGACCCAUUUCUUUCUCUGGUCCAUACUGUCAGAAAGGCAUCACCUUUCAGGUGGAUGGUACAAUUGUGGCACCCAUGAACUCCAAUGCCUGGGGCAAAGGCCUGCUGCAGUGGCUGGAAUUCUCCAAGCUUGUGGAGAUCACAAUUCAAGGGAAAGGCACCAUUGAUGGGAGUGGUUCAGUUUGGUGGCAAGACAACCCGUAUGUCGAACCUGACAAUCUAGCACCACAGAUCAUCCCCUUGGACAACAGCACAUUGUUACAGAAACACCCACCACCGCUACAAACUGAACUCAGCAGCAAAAUGCCAAGCACCAAACCAACGGCGGUGAGGUUCUAUGGAAGCCUGAAUGCAACUGUGACAGGGAUCACGAUUCAGAACAGUCCUCAGUGCCACCUCAAGUUCGACAACUGCAUUGGCGUGAUGGUGCAUCACAUUCGAGUCUCGUCCCCAGGAGAUAGUCCCAACACGGAUGGAGUCCACUUGCAGAACUCCAGAGAUGUGCUCAUCCACAGCAGCACCCUUGGUUGCGGAGAUGACUGCAUUUCCAUACAAACAGGGUGCACAAACGUAUACAUACACGAUGUGAACUGCGGUCCAGGCCAUGGCAUCAGCAUUGGCAGCCUGGGAAGGUAUAACACACGAGCCUGUGUCUCCAACAUCACCGUGAAAAAUGUCAACAUGCACAGCACCAUGACCGGCGUCAGGAUCAAGACUUGGCAGGGUGGAUCGGGCUCGGUGUCCGGGAUCAUGUUCUCGGACAUCCAGCUCACCGAGGUCCAGUUCCCGAUCGUGAUCGACCAGUUCUACUGCGACAAGUCCACCAGCUGCAAGAACCAAUCCUCGGCGGUGUCGGUGUCAGGGAUCAACUACCAACGAAUCAAGGGCACAUACACGGUGAAACCUGUGCAUUUCGCCUGCAGCGACAACCUGCCCUGUAUAGACAUCAGCUUGACCAGCAUCGAGCUGAAACCGUUGCAGGAGCAGAAGUACCAUUUGUACGAUCCUUUCUGCUGGGCGACGUAUGGAGAGCUCAACACUCCCACCACCCCUCCCAUCGAAUGUCUGCAGAUCGGCAAGCCAACCACCAACCGCCCACAAACCGAUCACGACACGUGUUGAAUCGCGGUUCGAUCGAACGGGUGCACUGAUUUGUGUGGUUUGGCAAUCAUUUUCCUGACCCCAUAUCCGCACACCUUAAGCAAAAAAAAAAUGCUUUUAUCAGGUUCGUUCAUAUAUAGUUUACCGUAGCAGUCCUGCUUGAAGAAUUAGUUCAUGUAAAAUAUCCGCGAGAGUUAUAUAGAAGAGUGCGUUGUUUUUUUUUUUUUUAUCAUAUGGAAUAUGAUUUGUACUAUACAACCAAGCAAUUUAUUUGCAUAUGUAUUGGGUUGGUAGAUGAAGAUAAUAUAUAUGUUCUAUGAGU